GGAUAGUGAACUGUGCGGCGGAUUGACGCACUGUUUUCUGUUCCCCGGGGCCACAGUGUUUUCAACGGGACUCAACUUCGCUGCUCACUGGACCCGCUAUGGUUGCUUGACCCGGGCUGAAACUCCGUCCGCCCGCUUUCCGUCUUGCCCCGAAAGCCAUUCGUACGAACUUUCCUGGAUAAACUUUUGGACUUGUUGGAUCAGUUUUAUGUCCAGAACCAAGGAUGCAACCCCCACCGAGAAAGGUAAGGCUGACCCAGGAGCUGAAGCACACGCAGGCCGAGCAGAUGAGCCACCUACAGAUAAAACACCAGACAGAAUGUGACCUGCUGGAAGACCUGAGGACCUUCAGUCAGAAGAGGGCAGCGGUAGAGCGGGACUACGCCCAGGCUCUCCAGAAGUUGGCGAAUCAGUAUCUGAAGAGGGAAUGGCCGGAGAGCGUUGCAGAAAAUCCAGCAGAUCACAGGAACAUGUUUUGUGUGUGGAGAGCGUACCUGGAGGGCACCGUCCAGGCCACGCAGUCCAGACUCAGCGCCUGCGAUAACUACAAGCUCCAGGUCGCAGACGCAGCCAAGACGGCGCGGCUGCAGAAGGAGCAGCAGCUCAGGAAGUGCAUCGAGCAGCUGACAGUGAUCCAGGCGGAGCUGCAGGACUCGGUGAAGGAGCUGAGCAAGAGCAGGAAGAAGUACCAGGAGGCUGAGACCAUGGCGCAGGCCGUCCGGGAGAAGACCGAGCUCGAGGCCAAAUCAAAGCUAAGUCUCUUCCAGUCGCGCUCCAGUCUCCAGAGGGCCAGUGUAAAGCUGAAAGCAAAGAGGAGUGAAUGCAACUCCAAAGCAACUCAUGCCAGAAACGACUAUCUUCUCACCCUGGCGGCCUCCAACGCUCACCUGCAGCGCUACUACAGCGCAGACCUCCUGGACUGCAUCAAGGUGCUAGACGGUCGAAUCUACGAGCAGGUUAAAGAUUACCUGGUCUCGCUUUGUCACACUGAGCUGGAGACGCAGCAGGCGGUGCACGACUCCUUCACCCAGCUGCUGAACAGCUCAGCCGGGCUUCUCCAGGAGUUUCACCAGCAGACGUUUGUGCAGAAGAAUCCUGUGUUUCAACAAGCCUCAGAUUUCCUUUAUCAUCCCGUUGACUCAGAUAAGGUGAUGGAGCUGCAGAAAGAGAGCGGAACGGCCGAGGAGCACAGCCUGGAUAAAGAGGCGAGGAAGUGGGCGAGCCGCGUAGCACGAGAAUACAAAAGCAUCAUCCACACACAGAGGGCCCUGGAGGAGUACGGAAAUCAGGAUUCGUCUGAGCAGAGUGGCGGCGAGGUGGAGAGCAAGAUGGAGGUGGGCCGGCAGAGUCUUCGGCGAUCAGAGACUGUGAAGGUGAAGGCUGAGGCCCGAUUGGACCUCCUGCGGCAGGCGGGAGUUGCUGUGGAAACGUGGUUGAAGAGCGCGAUGAACCAGGUGAUGGAGGAACUGGAGAACGAACGCUGGAACAACCUCAAUACCCAUGAUCCUUCACUCUCUGGAACAGCUGAUCUGGAGCGGGAAGACGAGGAGGAGACGGAGGACAGCGGUGAGGUGUUGGACGACAGCAGCUCCAGUCCCUCCAGCACCCUGAAGAACUAUCCUCUCACCUGCAAAGUGCUUUACUCCUACAAGGCGUCUCAGCCAGACGAACUGACCAUCGAGGAACAGGAGAUCCUGGAGGUCAUCGAUGAUGGAGAUAUGGAGGACUGGCUCAAGGCCAGGAACCGCAGUGGACAGGUCGGUUAUGUCCCAGAGAAAUACCUGCAGCUGCCGUCCUCCAACAGCCUGCUGAGCAUGCUGCAGUCCCUGGCCUCGCUGGACGCCCGCUCCCACUCCUCCAGCAACUCCACCGAACCCGAGACCGAACUGUCCGCCAGCUCCGUCAACGGGGACUCCAGCGUGUCGUUUGCGAAGGCUCUGUACGACUACGCGGGUCAAACGGCCGAAGAACUUUCGUUCCCCGAAGGCGCCAUCAUCCGCAUCCUGAGCAGAGAGACUCAUGAGGACGACGGUUUCUGGGAGGGGGAGUUUAACGGCGCCGUCGGCGUCUUUCCUGCCGUCCUGGUGGAAGAUCUCACUGGAGUCAUCGAAAACGGAGAUGGACAGAAAGAAGGCGGCGCGCAGGCUUCCCCCUCGGCCGCGGCUCAGAGCGACCGCUCCCCCUGCAGUCCCUUCCAGGAGGCGCCUCUCCACAGCAGCCCCCUGCAGACUCCCACCGCCGCCUCUCCCGGGUCCAGUCCGUGCAGCGCCGCGGCCUCUCCCGUCGGCCGGCCGCCAUCUUACCACAACGGACACCACCGGCCUCCGCCGGCGCCGCACAAGAGCCCGUAUCACAGUCCAGUUCAAGGAUCCCCUCAACCUCCUAAAUACCCAGAGAGCGGCGCCGGCAGCAUCAGACCUGUCCGUGCAGCUCCUCCUCCCCCAAAGCAGCAUCCUCGCGGCCAGGUGAAGCGCCGGGAGGAGGUGGAGAUCACGCUGGUGUGAAACUGCUCCGACACCGACACCCCUAAAUAAACCGGAGGACGCUUGACGCCCUGAGAGAGCCUGGAGACGUCUGAAACCUCAGAGGGUCGGAAUAAUGUGCCUUUAUCGUCUGUUUUUCCUGCUCAGUUAACGCAAACGAGGAACAUCACCUGCUUUAUCUGCAUCUGGAAUAUUUACAUUACCAAAAACAAAAAACACAUUUCCUCCUGGUAAAUUAAGGGAAGUUUACAGAAACGGGAACAACUCGUGGUCAGCAGAGUGGAUUGCACUUUAAGGAACAUUUUUGAAGCCACAUUGACUUCCUGGAGGUGAUCAGCUCCAUAAUUCACUGAUUUUCAGUAAGUUUGGCCUCAUUUAAACCAGUUCGCUUUAAAUUUACAAUAACUAUCAAAUGCAGAACAAGCAUCUAAAAUUUACCCUAAAGCUCAUUAGAAAAACAAAUGUAUUAAAUUUAAAUUUGCAUCCUUAUCUUGUGUCUGGAAGGGCGCUGUCGCUUUUAGAUUCAACACAUAAAGUCCACAUAAAACGUUGAAGUUCGUAAUUUAAAAUGCGGCUGAGUUGCAGGCGUCAAUAUUUUUGUACAGUGUAACAGAAAAUGUUAGCUUCUCUCAUUACAGUGUGAUUCAUUCUAUUUUCUAAUCUCUUAAAAAAUGUAAACAUUUAAAUGCCAGCAUGGAGAUUAAUCCAGAAACAGUGUCUCGUUAAAACGGCAAUUUUCUCAUUGGGAAAAAAGAAAAUAUAUUAAAACAACAGAGUUUCCUUGUUAAAACCUUAUAAAAGUUUUCUCCAUAAAAUGAGAAAAAGAUGUUAAAUAAAUGGCACUUGUCAAAAAUAGUAAAAAUAUUAUAAUGUGAAAGUUUUCUUGUUAAAAGAAGAAAAAAUGUUGAAUUGAAAAGCGUUGGCGCUGUAACGAGAUAUAAAAAUACGCUCCUCUGACAGAUUUCUUGUUUAAAAGAUAUUUUAGUUUUAUUGAGAUCAAAUAAAUCUUGUAUUAGUAUUUAGUGUUUUUAACAUUGAUUAAACCAGAAUGUUUUCUCGUUUAAAACAGAUUUUGCACAGGAAUUUAUUUCCUGGCAGUUAAGAGCUUCCGUACUCAACUAAUGAAUAUGAGAGGCAGGAUUUAGCUGCUGGCGCUAAUCACCUCCUGGCUUCAUAUUCAUUUGUUUUCCUGCUGAAAAAGAAGAGAUAACUUCCCCACUGUCCAUCUUUUCAAUCCCAAGCUGAUUAAUACUGUGAUAAACAUUAAAGUUCGAUUCAUUUUAUGGAUAUUUUGAGGCCAUUCAGGCUUUUCUUGGCCAAAACCAUGGUUUUAAAUUCUACUUUCAACUUGUUUAGUUUUAUUUUUCAAAGCACAAAUAAGAUGGAAAUCGUCCUAAGUUAAAAAUCUGUCAGAAAAUUGAAUAACUACAAUGUCAUCCUCAUUUAUUUUUUAUGAAAAUGCAUUAAAUGUCACACUUUUCCAUUUUACAGAUUUAAAAUUAGUGGCAGAUUGUUUUAUUUUAUUUUUUUACAUUUUUAUCAGAGCGAUCUUUUGCUGGUAAUUUUUUCAUGUUCCUGAUAAAGCAGCAGCUUCCUGAUCACAUGACCCGCCGAUAAAAUCAAACUGUGGUCUGAUCCCGACUCCAGCUCGGCCGAGGCCGGUCCUCUCCGCCUUCAACGCAUCGUAACUGCAAACGGUUACACCAACAAGGGAAAAGUGGCAAUUCUGUUUGUUUUUCUCCUUUUCAGUGACUUCCUCUUUGUUUUUUUGUUGUUUUUUUUAUGCCCUUGUUUUCGCUUUAGAAGCAGUUUAAGGAAUCCUGUAGCGUAAACACACACAUAGUGUAACGUCUUGUUGUUGUUUUUGUGUCCUGACGUCCAGAUUUAGAUGUUUCUGUGAUGUUCGGGGUUUCUUCGCAGUCUGAGGAAAGAAAAUCUGGAAUAUGAUUUUAGGAUUUUUCAGGUCUGGAAAAGUGGUCUGAAAAAAAUAAGAGGAAAGAAAAAAAAUCUCCAGACUUUGUUCCCUAAAUGCUCAGCUUCCUUCCUUCUUUAUGAUCUCACUCUCAACCUUCUGUCUUUGUCCCUUUUUUCCUUCCUUGUGUCAACUUUCCUUCCUUACUUCCCUCCUUCAGUCCUUAAAUCCAUCUAUUCUUUUCCAUCCUUAAGGGCCUCCCUUCCUUCCUUCCUUUUCUCCUUUAUUCCUUCCGUGUGUCCAUUCUUCCCUUGCUCCCAGAUUCCUUCCUUGUAUCCUUUUUUCCUUCCUUUCUUUCUUGUAUCUCUCUAUCACUCCUUCCUUCCUAAUGUUUUUAUCCUUAAAAUUUUAGUUAUUAAAUCUUGAGUUCCUUUUCAGUGGAAGCCAUUCAGGAACCCUGCAGAUCAUUCAGAUUGUUCCAUCUUAACGUCUUUUACCAUCUUGGACCGCUAGCCACCGCUAGCCGGAGCCACUAGCAGCUACUGGCUUUGAGAUGCUAACUGUCCCGUUCCAUAGCGAAGCACUUUCUUCACGUCUUCUUGUUCCCUCUCAGUAUUGUUGAUGUUUGAGGUUUGUUUGAAAGCCGUAUUCGUAUAAAAGCAUUUAUUUUAUCAGCUCUUUGUGUUAUUUAGCCUUAAAUAGCCACCGUAGUGUCUUUACUGCUUCUGUUUUUGAAACAUGAAUAGUUUACAGAAAACUUGGAGAUGGAUAUCUGUUAAAAAAAAAUAAAAAAUUGUAGCAUUUUCUCUGUUUGUUUCAUUAGAUUUGGAAAUAAAGACCUUUUUAUUAAACAGUAGAUAAUUAGACCAGAGGGAAAGAGAUAUCUGUCAGCCUCGUUGCUGUGUUCUCGUUGAUCUCCUUGAGAUCUGAAUGACAUCAAACUUAUUUUUGAAGUUUGCGUUUACCCUGUUGUAUUAAAAUAAAAUCAGACUGACGUCUCGUUUCCAUCAGAGACUUUGUUAUUGUUGUUGUUUUAAACCUGCUACUGGUCCUGAUUUAACGCCCAGUUCACUGAUUAAAUUCCCAUGUUUAAUGUCGGCUCUGCGGACAUUAAAUCUUCAGAUUUACACACCAGUGGAUGUUUGACUGUAUUUAUUGUGUACAAAUAAAUGUGAAAUAAAGAUAGCUUAAACGAAACAAA